AUGCAAACCAUUCAACCGAACCAACCCGUAACGGGGCGGCUAAUAAUAACCCCUAUCUUUUGCAGUGUCUUCUAUCUGUCAUCGGCGCUAUGGAUUUACGUGGUUACCGGAGCAUUAACUUAUCGACUUCCAGCAGACGUUAAACUGUACGAUAAAAAUGUCAAACCAAGUUCAAUUACCGACAUAUCAGUGUCACUCUACAUCAAUCGCAUAUCAGGAGUGGAUGAAAAUAAAGAGGAAAUUUCGAUCGAUGCAUUUCUGCAGAUCAUCUGGGAGGAUACACGGCUGGUACCGAAGGAGGAGCCGGACAUGACGAAACAGUACGUGGAGCUGACACCAACCGAGCGCAGCAUGGUGUGGGUUCCCGAUCUCUACAUCCGGCAGCUGCGCGAGAUGAAAGUGAUGACCCUGCUCGAGGAAAUGAGCAGCCUUCGGUUGUACAAAAAUAGUACCUUAGCGCUGAGCAUAGGAGCAACAAUAAUCUUUAAAUGCGAUAUGGAUUUCGUUUUAUACCCACUAGACGUACAAAGAUGUCCGGUAGAUUUUAGCAGUUAUAAGUAUACCGUUAAGGAAAUGCGCUUCCGUUGGAAAAACGACAAUGGCGUCACGUUUCCGAACGACUUCGGGGAUCAGUUCUUCCGAUUGCCAAAGUAUGUCGUCUCGUUCUACACCGAACAGGAACCGCGUACGAUCCACUACGGCGACGACAACCACAGUUCGGCCCGGCUCGAGAUCACGCUGUCGCGCGAGGUCAAAAGUUACCUGCUGGAGAACUAUCUGCCCUCGACGCUGUUCGUUUCCAUGUCGUGGGGUUCGUUUGUGGUCGUUCCCGAGAUCGUACCCGGCCGGAUGGUGCUGCUGGUGACGACGCUACUCUCGCUAAUCACCAUGUUCGAUACGGUGCGCAACAAUUCGCCGGAUGCACUGGAACUCAAGUGCCUAGAGGUGUGGCUCAUAUCAUGCACGCUCUUUGUGUUCUUCGCGCUGAUAGAGUAUUUUAUCGUGCUGUUCGGCAUCCGGUACGACAAGCACUGGCGGGUGGCGGCUAAAACCCACGUGACGGUCGCACCCCCGGUGCAGCUCCAAUCGACGCUUAGCCUGUCACAGAAUACCGUAGAGACGCCGAUGAAUUCCAACCAUGCCCGGCGUGAAAAUGGCCUUGAAAGCAACACCCUAAAGGUGACGGGUACGAACAAAGUGCAACCGCAAGAGUCGGAUCCGAAUAAACCCGGAUCGAUCAGCAAUCUUUCCGGGAGCUUUCAAACCACACAACACGUUACUUCUGUUAUGACUAGAAGGCGCGUUCACAGCUUCCGCAACGUGGCCGACGUGGCGCUAAUGUAUGCCGGCUCCCAGCGGGGCCGGUUGGACCAAAUUUCGCUAAUCAUCUUCCCGCUGAGCUUUCUCAUCUUUACAAUCGCCUACUGGACAAUGUACAUCAGCGAAUCGAAUAGAAAAAAGCUUUAG